CAAAAGCUACCGCCAGGGCGAUGGGCUUGUCCACUAUUCACAAAUCUUUGUGCUCCUUAUACCUCUUUUUAACGCUCCUCUCGACGUCAAGUGUUGAAUGCUUCAACUUAGAUGACCAAUUCGAAGAAGAACUUCUAAUAAAACCGCUUAACAACGACUUUGUCUACGCUUAUUUCCAGUUUACGACCACCUGGGAUGUGCCAUUUGAAGCCAAAUCAUUCCAAAACUGCCAUCUCUUUCCAAGGGUUUUGGGAGAGGUUUUAGGGCAGUACAGCGUCCAGGAGUUGCAUCUAAGUCUCACACAAGGCCUAUGGAGGCACGAAAAAUAUGGCUACCCGGUCAUUGAUGCGCCGGCAGGCACUGAGAUCUGGGCCUGGUUCAAGGAAGGAACAAAGGAUGUCAACAAGUCGUGGAAAAUGUUAACCAGCGCCUUGUCAGGCUUAUUUUGUGCGUCUCUAAAUUUUGUUGAGCCGCACAAUACGCUGAGUCCGACUUUAAGUUUUGCACCUACUGGAGCUGUCCCUCCUGGAAUUCACUCAAAUUCGUCCUUGCUUCGUUAUUCAACUCUGCCUAGAGAAGUUGUGUGCACUGAAAAUUUGACUCCAUGGAAGAAACUCCUACCCUGCGACUCUAAACGUGGCUUGGCUACCCUUCUCAAUGCAGGCCACAUUUACAAUACAAAUUACCACUCUUUAGGUAUUCAUGUGCGUCCUAUUUGCAAGGACAUUGCCUGUGAAUCAACCGCUGUGGAGCUGAAGCAAACGGUUUCUCUUGUGUAUGACAUGUUGCAAGUUGGCUCGCAGAGUAGAGAUUGGUCGUUCAGGAAACUCUUUGGCCAGGGGUUGUCUGGUCCCUGUCCUCUGGCUUCAAGCAGCAGAGUUUACGUUGACACCACCCAAAAUGGGUCAAUAUUCGAAUUUCAACUGAGGCCAGAGCCAAAGGCUGUGCUCACAAGUAUUCGGGGUGGAGCAACAAGCAAACUUGCCAUGUAUGACCUUAAAACAAUGCAUUUAGUCUCUCUACUAAACAUUGCUGCUACCUACACUGGUGAGAAACUGGAGCACGUAAACAUCUCUCCAGUUUUGUAUGCAAACAGAUACAUCAUAGGUUAUGGCCAAGAGAAUGGAGGCAUUGUAACCAAAGUGGUCAACAACCAUUGGCAGCCCUUGGACAUCGUUUACAUGGAGAACAUCCCAUGGUUUCUGCCUGUGUACCUACACACUUUCCAGGCAGAAGUGAACGGUCGUCAGCUGGUGCCACACGCCAUCAACUUUGUCCCAGGACGCGAGCGAGAGCGACCGUACCAGUUGGAGGUGGCGCUACGCAUCCCAGCCAGGAGCACCACCACCCUCAGCAUCUCGUUUGACUACAUUUUCCUCAAGUGGCAAGAGUAUCCACCAGAUGCCAAUCACGGCUUUUACGUUGGUGCGGCUGUCAUCACCUCUUCACUUCCAGUUGCCAGAAACUAUACAGGUGUUCCUUAUGACGGAAGCACUCUCAUAACCAGCAUCAAUGCAACUCGCUCAACUGGCUAUCCUGUUCAAGUGCGAACAGAAAUAAUUUUAGUCAGCCUCCCAACUCCCGACUUCAGUAUGCCAUACAACGUUAUCUGUUUGGCCUGUACUGUGGUAGCUUUAGCAUUUGGGCCUUUGCAUAACAUUACCACUAAGAGGCUUUUGCUCAAAGAUUUGGAGGACAACAAGAGUUUCUUUGAAAGGCUAAAGGAGAAACUUAAAAGAGGUGGCACGGAUGCGGAUAAAGUUGAAGAGUCAGAUGAGAAGAAGAAAAGCGACUGAUUUUAAUUAUUUUGUCACGUUUUUGCCAAGUCAUAUUGUUAGUUAUUGAAUUUUGUUAGUAAAAUUUUUCUACAGAGAAUAUUUGUUUCUAUUCCUCAAUGAAAUAUCACGUUUGGAUUUUUAUAGGAA